UGAGAAAAUAGAAACGGAGCGAAUUGUUAGUAAAUUUAAUUGAUGAAAAACUAGUGUUAAAACAGUUUUAUUGCCAUUCAAACAAUUAAUUCGAUUAGUCGAAAUAGUGCAGAAGUCCUAUGGAAGCUGAGAUUAUGACGGACUACAACGAUUUGCAGAAAGAACUGGACCGAGCCAGAAGUAACCUGAAAGGGUUGAAUGAAAGCAUCCGGAGAAUAAUCGGAAGGGAACCGUCCGGUGCGGAACAGUACAACAAUGCUCGUGGCGGUCAGUUAGGUAUAGGAGGGGGCGGCCCGGGUGGAGGAAACAAUGUAGGAGCGUGGGACAACUUCGAGAGCAGAAAACGAAACUCGAUGGCGUUUGAGACGCCAAGCAUGGCCGGGCAACGUCGAGAACAGGAGCGACGAUACUCAGAUAUUGGAACCCAAAACCCUGCAAAGCGUCGUUCUUUCGGGGAAACAAAAUCCGUCUUCAGCCGCCUAUCAGGCCCCCCGAAUCGUGACGCUGAGUACGAAAAGCCUCGAAUCUUCUCCCGCGUCAUCAAAGAACAACCGUCCAAAGAGGACAUUGUCGCCGCCCAGGGCACCGACGAACGAUCCCGGGCACGGAAUCGCCGCAUCUUCGGAUCCCUGCUCGGCACGUUGCAAAAGUUCUCUCAGGAAGAGUCCAAGCUGAAGUCCAAAGAGGAGAAAAAGGCAUUGAUUGAAAGGAAGGUGGAAGAGCAGGAGAAAAAGGAGCGUGAACAUAUGCGCAAGGAAAAGCAGUGUUUGUUCAUUGACCGCAAACGACAACAGCUAGAAAUCCGUGCCCUCGAGGCGAAGGUUGCGAAGCUUAAAGAUUUGGAGACUUGGGAGAAGUCGAAACGCCCGCUCCGGAAUUUCAUCAAAACAAAAUCGAACCCACCGAUAUUCUUCCUCCCGAAACGGAUGAAUGCUGCCAUGGGGAAGAAGCUGGAAGAAUGCCAGCAGGAACAUCAAAUUAUGAUGGAACAAAAGCAACAAGAAGUAAAAGAAAGUAUCGAAGCAAUCGAAGUGCGAGUCAAGGCGGAUAUCAUAACUCUUGAAGAAAAUGGUACUAGGGCACGCAACAAUUCCAGUUUCGACAAAUCCAUGGAUAGCUCGAAGGCGAGUGGAAAUGUGGAGAGCAACGUUGGCGGUAGAACUGGUACGAAACUCGAUCGGAUAAAAAUGGAGUUAGACGACGAGGAUGAGGAUCACAAUACUGCAUACGCUCAUUACGAGUACGAAGAUCAGUGCGACGUCCCGGAGGGACCGGCGCUACCCGCAUCGAUGGCGUCGCGGUUUAAAAUUACUAUUCAAAACGUACAGGUCAAAACAGAACCUCAAGAGUCACUGCACACGCCAUCCGCGAAACCUAAAACCGUUCGGCUCCUCUCGUCCGAACGAUUGGACGAAGGUGAAGCAUCUCGUUCGGGGUUAGACAAUGAUUCCGACAGCAGGGAAUCGCACUCGGUUGCAAACCUUGGGAAAACUAUUCAGAUAACUUUCAGAACUUCGCACCCGGACGACAAUUGAUUAUCGUUUGAGCGGUCAUCCACCAUACAAGACGGAUAAGGAUGAUGGAUAAACACAUCAGUACGCAGAGAAAAUUUGAUUUAGAAGAGAGUGUGGUGAUUCUGGGAUAUCGUUUACCCACUGGUAAGUCAUCUGUCGUUUAGUUAUAGUGUGUAGGAUCAGUAGGUUUGAAAGGUUAGGUUUGAAUUUCGAAAAGUGGUGUGCUUAACAAGCCGGGUAUACAAAUGACCAAGAACAAACAAUGAUCACUACUAAGAUUCACCACUCCCCUAUGCUUGUUCUCUUCAUAAUACUGCCAGCAGAAGGCAAUUCAUAUUUGCCAUUAUACAGUCACUUGAAAACCAUUGUCGAUAGGGUUUAAUAGAACAACAUAGUGCGUCUGUCGGCGCAUCUAGGCUAAGUAACAUUUUUCUCAAACAAAUGCUGGCGAUAUUGUAAGGCUCCUAAUGCGUUAAAAGCAAAAACAACACUCAACAAUGAAAUCAUUAAAUGUAAAUCCUGUUUUCGACAGUAUGGAGAGUUCGAAUAUUGUUCGUAUCAAAAGAGUCUUUUUUAUUUUCUCAAAGUAGACAAACGAACUUGAAUUGCAGUAAAGAGGUUAAGAAUUGAUUAGCAUUUGGAUUGAAAAAGUAAAUAAUAAAGAUUUUCGUACGUCCUAUAAUGU